AUGGCUGCCAACGGCGAGACGACCGAAGAUGCGGUCAACGUUCCCGCCAAAACCUUUGACACGGUCCUUGUCCUCGAUUUUGGAUCGCAAUACUCCCACCUUAUCACGCGUCGCCUGCGCGAACUGAACAUCUACUCUGAGAUGCUGCCAUGCACACAGAAGAUUUCAGAACUGCAUUUCAAGCCAAAGGGCAUCAUCCUAUCGGGCGGACCGUAUUCAGUUUACGAAGAUGGUGCACCACAUGUUGAUCCCGCUGCUUUCGAUCUCGGCGUGCCUAUCCUGGGCAUAUGUUAUGGUCUCCAGGAAUUGGCAUGGCACCACGGCAAGAAUGUCCUGGCCGGCGAAAAGAGAGAGUAUGGCCAUGCGUACCUAAAAAUCGAGAGACAUUCGGGCAAGGAAGAACACAUUGACCGCCUCUUCGAAGGCAUCGAGGAUGAUAUUGAGGUGUGGAUGAGCCACGGUGACAAACUGUCUAAAUUGCCGGAUGGCUUUCACCCCAUUGCCACAACAGCCAACUCCCCUUUCGCAGGCAUCGCGAGCACAGAUAAACCAUACUUCGGCAUUCAAUUCCAUCCUGAGGUGACCCAUACUCCACGUGGUACUCAGAUCUUGAGCAACUUUGCUGUCAACAUCUGCAAGGCUCGGCAAGACUGGACCAUGGAAAAGUUUGUUGAUAAAGAAAUUGAGCGCAUCCGAGCACUUGUCGGCCCCAAAGGCCAAGUUAUCGGUGCUGUUUCAGGCGGUGUCGAUUCUACUGUUGCUGCCAAGCUCAUGCAAGAAGCCAUUGGAGACCGUUUUCACGCUGUCCUGGUCGACAAUGGUGUCCUGAGACUCGACGAAGCCAAGAUAGUCAAGGAGACGCUUACCGAACAUCUGGGUAUCAAUCUCACAGUAGUUGACGCAAGCUCCCUCUUUCUGGGAAAACUCAAAGGAGUAUCCGACCCCGAGAAGAAGCGAAAGAUAAUUGGCAAUACUUUUAUCGAGAUCUUCCAGGACAAAGCCAAGGCCAUCGCCGAGGCUGCGGCCAACUCUCCGAAAGCUGGAGAAAUCGAAUGGCUCCUACAAGGUACACUGUAUCCAGAUGUGAUCGAGAGCAUUUCCUUCAAAGGCCCAUCCGCCACGAUAAAAACACAUCACAACGUGGGUGGUCUCCUAGAGGGUAUGCACCUCAAGCUCAUCGAGCCUUUGAGAGAGUUAUUCAAGGACGAAGUCAGGGCCCUGGGUACGAACUUGGGCAUCCCAGAGCAUCUUGUCUGGAGACAUCCUUUCCCUGGGCCAGGCCUUGCCAUUCGUAUUCUGGGUGAAGUUAAUGAAGAGCAGCUCAAGAUUGCCCGCCAUGCUGACAAGAUCUUUAUCGAUGAGAUCGUCGCAGCUGGCCUGUAUAGAAAAAUCUCUCAAGCUUUCGCCGCUCUCCUUCCUGUCAAGGCAGUAGGAGUUAUGGGAGACAAGAGAGUGCACGCUCAGGUCAUUGCUCUUCGUGCCGUUGAGACCACCGACUUCAUGACUGCAGACUGGUUUCCAUUUGAUGGCGACUUCCUGAAGAGAGUAAGCAGGAGAAUUGUCAAUGAAGUUGAUGGUGUUUGCCGCGUUGUCUAUGAUGUUACCAGCAAACCUCCUGGAACAAUUGAGAUGGAAUAG